AUGAGCUCUGAAGAUUUUGCUUCACUGAAUGUACCUGCAUCUGUUUUCAGCAUUCUUGUGAACUUUUUUUUCGUCUACUGUAAGGUCUUUCGACAACAUAAGCAAGAGCAACUGAAACAACCGCUUAAUGUUUUACAAGGAAUACUUGUUGGAUGCAACAUUGUGAUCAGUAUCUGCACUCUUUUAAAGGUCUGUAUGAAUGUUUAUCCAUCACGCUGGGCCUACUUCCCUAUUGUUGUUUCUCAGUGUAUGGUCUACACUAUGAUGACUAGUGUAACCUCAUCCUUUUGGCAGAAUGUGUUCUAUUACUGCCAAAUUACUCCGAAACAAUCUUACUUUAUCUGGUUGAAGAAAAGCCUUCGUGUCUUUAUUUACUGUGCUUUGCUCAUCAACAUGAUGGUCUAUUUAUUUGGAUUGAGUUUAAUCCCUGCAAUUGUUGUAAUUCUAAAUAAUUAUGCUAAUAAUAAUGACACAAGUACAGAUUCUGUCAUUAAUUCUCCGUUGGCAAAUAUCGUUACCAUGUGGUAUUCCGUCUCUUCUGUGACAUUAUGCCUUUUGAUCCUAAAUCUGUGUGGGAUGUCAACAUCAAGUUAUGCAACUGUGAUUUACUUGUGGAAACACCUGAAGAACAUGGAGCAAAGCAGCAGUCUCUCUUCUCCCCGAUUCCAGAGACAGAUAUGGAUGACCAUCAGAAGUAUUGCAUUACAUGCUCUCCUUCACUUCAUUUGCUCAAUGGGGGUUAUUGUAGUUUCAAGUCUAUGUAUGUACUCCGAAUUGAAUUGUGACCUAAAUGGAAAUACCCUUUGCACUUUCAUUUCUUUUUAUGCAUUAGGAACCACCAUCAGUCUAGGUAUUGCACAGUCAUUAUUUCGACAGCAAAUAGCUUGUGUUUGGAAAAAAAUGUUUCCAAUCUUUUAG